CUCAGUCGGUGGAGCGUCUGCCUUCGGCUCAGGUCAUGAUCCCAGGGUCCUGGGAUUGAGUCCCCGUGUCAGGCUCUCUGCUCAGUGGGGAGUCUGCUUCUCCCUCUCCCACUCCCCCUGCUUGUGCUUUCUCUCUCUCAAAUAAAUAAAUAAAAUCUUUAAAAAAGUAGGCUCCACACCCAAUGUGGGGGCUUGAACUCAUGACCCUGAGAUCAAGAGUCAUAUGCUUUACCAACUGAGCCAGCCAGGAGCCCCUCUGCUCACUUGAAGUCAAGUUGGUUUGUUGUCUUGCAUGUUUGCUAAUAUUUAUGAUCUUAUCAUUUAAGGAUAUGGGAAUCUUGGGGACCUAAACUGGGAGUGCUUUCUUCUGAGUGGACUUCCAGAUGCCAGGAGGUGCUACUAACCUGCAACUACUUUAGCUCCCUUCUGGGGUUCAUUACCUAAUGCGUUCAGUUUUCCUUGCAUUUUGCUCAAAGCUUAGUCUCCUAAUAACACUAAUAUAAGCAUUUUCCUUUAGGAAAGGUCAUCCAUUUUACAUUUUCUCAUAUUUUACCUCUGUUUGCUAUGAUUUCAGCUCAUUAUUUUCAAAUAAAAGCUCAUGGGGUUUUAUUUGGGGACUGGAGAGUCCCCUUUCCUUACCGAGUGUAACAAUGCAUUAAGAAGUAUGCACCUCAGGAUGGCCCGCACUAUGGAACCAGUGGCAAAGAAGAUCUUUAAAGGAGUUUUAGUUGUUGAACUCUUGGGCGUUUUUGGAGCAUAUUUUUUGUUUAAUAAGAUGAAUGCAAGCCAAGAUUUCAGGCAAACAAUGAGCAAGAAAUUUCCCUUCAUCUUGGAAGUUUAUUACAAAUCCAUUGAACAGUCUGGAAUGUACGGAGUCAGAGAGCACGAUCAAGAAAAAUGGCUGGGGCGCCUGGGUGGCUCAGUCGUUAAGCGUCUGCCUUUGGCUCAGGUCAUGAUCCCAGGGUCCUAGGAUCGAGCCCCGCAUGGGGCUCCCUGCUCAGCGGGAAGCCUGCUUCUCCCUCUCCCACUCCCCCUCGGCUUAUGUUCCCUCUCUCGCUGUGUCUCUCUCUGUCAAAUAAAUAAAUUAAAUCUUUAAAAAAAAAAAAAGAAAAAUGGCUGAAUAGCAAAAAUUAGGACCAGUCAUCACGUUCAGCCUCCCAUCUAAGCUGUUUGAGACCUUUGUGGGGGAGAAGAAAGAUGAGCACACCACAUUGCAGACUCCUGGCCCCACAGAACAAAACAGGAACUUCUGGUCUGCCAUGGCUCACAGUCAUUUCCCAUCCACUAUGCAAAUCCCCUGCUUUUGUUUGUUGCUUUCCUUUGGCAUUUAUUAUUAAAGACUACUGCUUAACAAAUAAAAGACUAGGAGAAGGAAGGAAAAAAAAAAAGGUAUGUACUAUAGAGUGCCUGGGUGGCUCAGUUAGUGAAGUGUCUGCCUUCGGCUUAGGUCAUGAUCCCUGGGUCCUGGGAUCGUUGGGCUCCCUGCUCAGUGGGGAGUCUGCUUCUCCCUCCCUCUGCUCUUGUGCUCUUGCCUGCUCUCUCUCCCUCUCAAAUAAAUAAAUAAAAUCUUUAAAAAAAAAGAAGUAUGUACUAUAAGUGAGAUAGCCUUCUUAUCGUGAUAAUAUAUACAUAACGUAUAAUUUACCAUUUUGAUCAGUUUUAAGUGUACGAUUCAGUGGCAUUAAAUAGAUUCACAAUGUUGUACAAGCAUCACCACCAUCCAUCUCCAGAAUUCUUCAUCUUGCAAAACUGAAACUCUAUGCAUUAGACAGUAACUCUCCAUUAUCCUCUCCCCAAGUCUUCGGUAACCUCUGUUCUACUUUCAGUCUCCAUGAACUUGCCUAUUCCAGGUACCUCAUUAUAAUUGUUAAUUCUGUGUGCCAACUUGCCUAGGUCAGGAGGUACCCAGAUAUUUGGUCAAACACUAUUCUGGGUGUGUCUGUGAGGAUGUUUUUGGGUAAGAUUAACAUUCAAGUGGUAGAGUGAAUAAAGCAGAUUUUCUUCCAAACCUUUGAAAGCCUGAAGAGAAUAAAAAGGCUGACCUUCCUCUGAAUAAGAACUCUUCCUGCCUGACUGCCUUUGAACUGGGACAUUGGCUUUUCCAGCUUUGGGGCUCAAACUGAAUUACUGGCCCUUCCUAAGUCUUGAGCCUGCUGGCCUUCAGCCUGGAAUUUACACCAUCAGCUACCUUGGUUCUCAGGCUUUUGGACUCGGACCGGAACUAGACCAUUGGUACUCCUGGGUCUCCAGCUUGCUGGUUCACCCUGCAGAUCUUGGGACUUGUCAGUCUUCAUAAUCACGAGCCAGUUCCUUACAAUAAUCUCUUUAUACACACACAAACAUACAUAGGUGUGCAUGCACACACACAUUCUAUUGGAUCUGUUUCUCUGGAGAAGCCUCUCUAAUACACUCAUAUAAAUGGUCCUUUUAUGUCUGGCUUAUUUCUGGACACCACAUUUCCCAUGCCCCACCAUGGGGUGUGGCCUAUUUCAUUUAACAUAAUGCAUUCAAGGUUCAUCCAUAUGGUAGCAUGUAUCAGAGAUAUACCCUUUAAAAAAUGGGAAUAUCCUCUAGCAUACAUAUUAUCUAUACUCUGGUCCACUGAACUGCCAGAAGCAGAAGUCUAACCCAGCAUUGGAGGAUCAGGGAAUUCUUCCUGGAGAAGAUGUUUAUCUGAGACUUAAAGAAUGAGCCAAGUAAAAGGGGCAGUGCUAAGUACCUAGGAAAGAAUUGUUCUAGGUAGAAUAAACAGUAUGUAAACAGGUAGAAUG